UGCAACUCCAGUCAUGGUGCCUGUCUCGCUCUCCCUGAGCCCCUUCCGCCUGGGCCUGUGGGCUUCUGUACUGAUCUUGGUCUUAGUCAUCCUCAAGUUCAUUAGUCUGUUUCUGCGGAGGCAGAUGCUGGCCAAGGCUAUGGACAGCUUCCCAGGGCCUCCUACGCACUGGCUCUACGGGCAUGCAGAUGAGAUCCAGAAAACGGGAAGCCUGGACAAGGUGGUGUCCUGGGCCCACCAGUUCCCUUACGCCCACCCACUUUGGUUUGGACAGUUCCUUGGCUUCCUGAACAUCUAUGAACCUGACUAUGUCAAAGCUGUGUACAGUCGAGGGGAUCCUAAGGCAGCAGAUGUCUAUGACUUCUUCCUCCAGUGGAUUGGGAAAGGCCUGCUGGUCCUCCAGGGGCCCAAGUGGUUCCAGCACCGCAAACUGCUCACACCUGGCUUCCACUACGAUGUGCUGAAGCCCUACGUGGCUGUGUUCGCUGAAUCCACAAACGCUAUGCUGGACAAAUGGGAGAAAAAGGCUCGUGAGGAUAAGCCCUUUGACAUCUUCUGUGAUGUGGGCCACAUGGCCCUGGACACGCUCAUGAAGUGCACCUUUGGCAAAGGAGACAGUGGCCUGGGUGAAAGGGACAGCAGCUACUACAUGGCGGUCAGCGACCUCACUUUCCUGAUGCAGCAGCGCAUCGAAACCUUCCAGUACCACAAUGACUUCAUCUACUGGCUCACCCCCCACGGCCGCCGCUUCCUGCGGGCUUGCAAGGUGGCCCAUGACCACACAGACCAGGUCAUCAAGGAACGGAAGGAGGCCCUUAAGGAUGAGAAAGAAUGGGCAAAGAUCCAAAGCCAGAGACACCUGGACUUUCUGGACAUUCUCCUGGGUGCUCGGGACGAAAAUGGAAUCAAGCUGUCAGACGCUGACCUCCGGGCUGAGGUGGACACGUUCAUGUUUGAAGGCCAUGACACCACCACCAGUGGCAUCUCCUGGUUUCUCUACUGCAUGGCCCUGUACCCCGAGCACCAGACUCGUUGCAGGGAGGAACUUCAUGAGAUCCUAGGGGACCGGAACUCCUUCCAGUGGGAUGACCUGGGCAAGAUGACCUACCUGACCAUGUGCAUCAAGGAGACCUUCCGCCUCUACCCGCCUGUGCCCCAGGUGUACCGGCAGCUCAGCAAGCCUGUCAACUUUGUGGAUGGCCGGUCUCUGCCCGCAGGCAGCCUGAUCUCCCUGCACAUCUAUGCCCUGCACAGGAACAGCGCGGUGUGGCCUGACCCUGAGGUCUUUGACCCUAUGCGCUUUUCCCCUGAGAAUUCAGCUGGCCGCCAUCCCUUUGCCUUCAUGCCUUUUUCUGCGGGACCCAGGAACUGCAUCGGGCAGCAAUUUGCCAUGAACGAGAUGAAGGUGGUCACAGCCCUCUGUUUGCUCCGCUUUGAGUUCUCUGUAGACCCCUCGAGACUUCCCAUCAAGCUGCCCCAGCUGAUUCUGCGCUCCAAGAAUGGCAUCCAUCUGCACCUGAAGUCUCUGGCCCCAGGCUCUGGGAAGUAGUUCUGCUACAGCUGUGACUCCCCCAGGACUGCCUUCUGCAGGCUAGCCUGUAGAAAAGCUGGGGCUCCCUGCCUUCAGGAGGCUUGUAGUUUAGAAGGGGAGUAGGUACCAGCAUAGAUAACCACCUUGAGGGCAGUGCCACGUAAAUAUGUGUGCUUAUCAUUAAAUGCCUAUUAUGCAUGCAUGUUAGAGCCCACUCACUCAUUCAACAAACUUAAUGUGAGCAAUUACUCACUUCUAGAAUCUUCACUUAUCUCCCAUAAUUGUCUUAGCUUAUAUUCCAGCCAAAGAGACACUGUGACCACAAUAGAAGCUGUGCCUUGGACUCAUGGUUAAGAGCAGGCGCUCACCAACUCCACGUUUGCUGCUUUGCUAAGUUUUGGUGUGUAUCUGCAGAUACAAGGGAAAAUGCCCUAAAAAAAUGUACAGAACAAUGUGUUUUAAAAGCAAACUUCCUGGUUCACCAUUGCUAAGAUCAAGGAAUGUGCAACGUGGUUUCCUGGAUGUGUCUUCUACUUGUCCUGAGAGGUCUCCCCAGCAUUCCUUUUAGCAUAACAUCGAAUCAGUCACCCAGUGAUGGAAGCCUGGGCUUGGACUGGCAAAGUGGGCAGAGUGUCAUGAGAGGGGAGCUUUCUGGAAAAGGUGUUGCUUGAAGUAGGCCUUGGGGCAGGGUGAGGGAUGGAGGUGCAAAGAAGGAAUUUGGGGAGGGUCUCAGGAGAGUGAUGAGUUAAAACCUUCCCCAGUCGUCCCUGCAGCAGCUGCCUGAUGGCUGGCUCAAAGUCUCAGGCCAUUCAUGGGUUCCCACUCAUGAUGUAGACAGAGUGGAAGGAAGUACACUGGAGACUUGGGGAGGACUAGGAGAGGGCUGGGUGUGCCUCUGUGGCUCUGGGGAUGUACCUUCUGGAGAACCCUCCUUCUGCUCUUGAUGCUUCCCCUCUCAAGAAGCCACACCUUGGAAGGUCACCAUGGGCCACCUGCUUACUCCUGAAUAGCCCUGUCAAGACCCAGACCUGCUUGCCCACCUGAGACAAGCAGGGUGGACCCUGGCACUCCACUGUGUCUGUGUCCUAAUUCCUGGACUCUGAGAAUGUGCCAUGUUUUACCUCAGUGGCUCUAUGUCAUCACAGAGGUCCUGUCAAGGAGAAGGUGUACAGACAGAAGAAGAGAGGUAUUUGAAGAUAUUUGCAUGUGGAACAAGACUCUGGGAGCCACGGGCUUGAGGAUGCAGGGCUAGAGCAUCUUGGAGAUAGUGCCUCCAGGGGAUAGAACGCUGGAGAUAUUAUGGCCUCGUCACCCACCUUGAUUGUGGAGCAGCAAGGCUCAUUUUACACUUUUGAUGCCAGAAUGUGUAGAAGUCACUAAAGCUACAAUAAAUGAUUAUGACUGCAAAAGGAAAUGAAUCAGGGACAGACAUGCAAGAAGAAAGGGAAAAGGCAGACAGAGGGAGAAAGCAGGAAGGAUUUAAAGAUAGUCGGAGACAUGUCAGAGACAGACAGAUGAACGAUGCUCACACUCCCCCAUGAAUGCUGAUGAAUUUGAUCUCUCUUCCAGGACUAGCUCAUGCUGCCUACUUCUGCUGUCAGCAAACUGAAAUUCUAAUGGGGAAAGGAGGAAACCAGUGCUCCCCAAGCUGUGGGAUCAAAUCAAGUGAAUCUCUAAAAAGUCACUUAUUAGUGUUCACCCUCCACAGCAGCUUCUGGUUUCAUAAUAGUUCAGGGCCACACACAAAGCCCUCACCACCAAGGGGAGCACACUGGGACUCUGAUUGACAGAGGCUCAGAAGGAGUUAGAUAGAGUCAGAGUGCAACGAGAAGCUUCCUGGAAGGGCAACAGGCCAGUGACUCUCAACCUCUUGAUCUGUCCGCCUUCCACUUAAUAGACUCUUGCCUCCCCUCAUGUACUACCAGCCUCUGCAGCCUUCUGACUCUACUCCUAGACUAGCCAUUCCUGCCUCCUCACCUGGACGUUUCUCCCCUCCUUCUGAACUGAGGGUAGGGCCCAGCUCAGACGCUCCUGUGGCCUCCAUCACAGGUAGGACAUGUCCCAAGGCCUCAGCUGGCAUCCAUCCGUCUGUGGGUGUUACGUAGCUCACCUCUGUCGGCUUUCCCUAGCUCAUCUCAUGCUGAGAUCAUUGAAGAUAUCCCCCCUUCACCUCCUGCCUCAUCUUCCAGACUGAGCCCAGUGACUCAACCCCAGACACCUCUUCCCAAAUCUCCAUCAGUGUUUUACUCAAGGACACACCGUGAGCCUGUGUCCCGGACAUUGCCAUGAACACGACCAUUCGACAGUCUGCUCAGUGAAUGAGGGAGUGAGUGAAAGAAGGGCGACCACAUGAUGUGUCUUGAGAGGUGGUGUCGGUUUCUUCAUGCAACUCUUGGAAACGGAGAUGGCAUCUUUCAUCUCCGUGUUCCCAUCUCCUGGCACAGGACUUUGACACGCGGGGCUAGACUUAAUAUAUGCUUUUGUAUUUGAACAACGUUAGCAGAAUUGAAAAAAAGUUAAACAGCAAGGAAUAAAAGUAAACAUCAGUUCUGUCCUAGGAGUCGGGGCUCCCGUGCGCCCCUGCCCUGGGGGGCAGUCCUGUGAC